AACAAUGGGGGCUCGACCGCAGGUAUAAAAGCCUGCGUCGCUUCUGCUUUGCUUUCUUAUCACUCACGCAUACCCGUUUCACGACUUCACGACCUCGAUACCGCUUGACGCUGUUUACGACCUAUUUUAUCGUCGCCACCCCUCACGCCCUCUUCUGCCAAUCGCUUUACGCUAUAUCAUUAUUGUCAUCCAUGGACGAAUUCGCUACGCUCAUCAUCCCCACCUCGGAGGUUCCCAACUCUGGGAUACCCGUCGACUUUGAGUUCGAUCCUAUGGAAACGACCUGUUACGGUUUAUGUAUCGUCGCUUGAGGCGACUUGCUCCCUCGUUAUUCUCUAUCGUUGGAGAGUAACAGGUAUGAGCUGCAUAUCACCGCUUGGACUGUGUCCGCAUCUAUCUAUCGGCGCCGGUUGACGGCAUGGCACUAUAUCAACGUUCAACCACCGCUCACUCUCGCCAUCUCGCCUUCGGUGCGAAGCUCAGGAAGCAAGCGGGAGCGGCAGCUCGCGUCGGACAUUAUUUUAUUUCAGGUGACGUUUUAGUCAGCGAUUACAGCGUUGCCCCGCACCCCUUUUAUUCAGCUUACGACUCUUCUUGACGAUUGACGAGGCUUCAAAGCUUCACGACCAUGGACGCGUUUUAUACCCUGGGCACGACUAUUCUUGCUGUAUUGCUAGCAUUGUAUUACCAUUUUGAUUUUAUAUCGCACUGAUA